AUGAGCCCGCUCUGGUGUUUGCUCUGGGCGGCCGUGACCUUCGGUCGGACAUCCGCCAUAGAGCUGCCCGGACGCGGCGGACGUCAAGGAGGUGUUUUAUCGAAGCCGUCUUAUGGUAAUGAUGUAUCGAGGGAACUCAAUCCCAACAGGCCCAAUGUAACAUAUGUUAUGAUUGUGCCAAGCACAAGGUUCGAAAGCGUCCGACGUAAAUACCGUAGCACGAUUAACGAAGCGCUCAGCUCGAUAAAACACGGCAAGGUUCCUGGGAACCAUCUCAACAAGCACUACGCCCUGCAAUUCCAACAAGUGUAUCUCAGCUUGACACCAACGCCGAGAGAGAUUCUCGAUACACUUUGUAAGGAAAUCCUGAACGCUUCGGUGUUGACGGUAGGAUACUUCACCAAUUCCGAAACGUUCGGUUCGAACGCUGCUUCAGUCGAAUACGUUCAUCAGCUCUUGGGCUACCUCGGGAUUCCUGUCAUCUCAUGGAAUCCUGACAACAUCGCGCUCGAUGAAAGGGUUACCGACGCUCACAUAUUGGGCUUGUCACCGUCUGUGGAUCACCAAGUGAACUCGAUAUUUGACUUUCUGGAUCGGUACCAGUGGACGCAAUUCUCGAUCAUCUCGACGCAGCUGGGCGGCCAUGAAAAUUUCAUCCGUGCGAUGCGAGAGAAGGUUUUCCACAGACAGCACAAAUACAGCCUGAUCGCCGCUCACAUCCUUCCGCGGGGCAGGGAUCGCGAGAAAUACUUUACCCUUUUACAACCAUUAGCGGAAAGUGAAGCGCGGGUGAUCAUCCUGUUCUGCGGGACAGAAGACGCUCGUGAAAUAUUCGCGGCAGCUACGAAGCACGGGAUCACAGGCAAGAACUACGCGUGGAUUGUUACGCAGGCGGUCAUCGGGACGGCGGAGCGAGCCCCUGCUGAAUUCCCCGUGGGUCUCAUUGGGAUGUACUACAAUUUUACGCUGCCAGUUCUAUUGGACGAAAUGGAAAAGUCCAUGUACAUUUUUGCCUCGGCUCUAGAGCGGCUCGUGAAUCAUACCAGGACCGCAAAUCACAGUAUCCAGUUGUCGACUGGACUCACGUGUAAUGCCACGGAGUAUAGCUAUUGGAGAAAAGGGGAAGACGUCUACAAAUACCUCAAGGAAACUCGGUGGCGGAGUAAAAAAUUCAACUCAGUCGCUUUCAACUCAGACGGAACCAGAAGGCGCGUUGAUCUCGACAUCCUCAAUCUCGAUUCUAGAAGCGUCUGGGAAAAGAUUGGCGAAUGGAGCGAAGAUGGAGUGGACAUCAAGGAUAUUAUAUGGCCCGGAGGGGAACGGAAGCCACCGAAAGGAGUUCCUGAGAAAUUCAAUUUGAAGGUGACGUUCAUGGAGGAGAAACCGUUCAUCAUCGUCGGUCUACCCAAUUCUGAGACCGGUGAAUGCGAGUCUAGCAGAGCAGUGAAGUGUCGCAUCGUACCUGAAUCGCAUAUUAUCGGACACAACGACACAAUAGCCCGCCGCAAUCCCAACUUCUAUCGGUGCUGCAUGGGAUUCUGCAUUGACUUGCUGGAAAAGUUUGCCCAAGACAUCGGAUUCACGUACGAUCUCUCCAAAGUUGAGGACGGCAUGUGGGGAGUCAAGGACAAAAACGGGACUUGGAACGGGCUCAUCGCGGAACUGCUCAAUCGGCGAACUGACAUCGUCGUAACAUCGAUCAAGAUCAAUUCGGACCGUCAGGAAGCCGUCGAUUUCACGGUGCCUUUUCUCGAGACUGGGAUCGCUAUUGUGGUCGCUAAGCGCACCGGCAUUAUCUCUCCUAAGGCCUUUCUCGAGCCAUUCGAUACGAUCUCAUGGCUCCUUAUCCUGUUGGUGGGAAUUCAAGUGGCUGCAUUCUCAAUAUUCCUCUUCGAGUUUCUCUCACCGGACGGGUACGAUAUGAAAAUGAUACCGCCACGAGCUCACAAGUUCAGUCUCUUCCGGACGUACUGGCUCGUAUGGGCGGUGCUCUUCGGGGCAGCCGUAAACGUCGAUUGUCCGAAAGGCUACACAGCGCGAUUCAUGAGCAAUGUUUGGGCUAUGUUCGCCGUGGUCUUCCUCGCUAUAUACACUGCCAAUUUGGCUGCCUUCAUGAUCACCCGGGAGGAAUAUUACGACCUGACAGGCAUCGAGGAUAGGCGGCUCCGGAAUCCCACUCAGAUGGAGCCUCCCUUUCGAUUCGGAACGAUUCCCUACGGGAAUACCGAACAAGUCCUCCAACGGAAUAAGCCAACCAUGUACGAAUACAUGCGACCCUACAACAGAUCCAACGUUCAGGAAGGAAUCAAAGCCGUGAAGAAAGGAACUUUGGAUGCCUUCAUUUAUGACGCCACCGUAUUGGACUAUUUCGUCGGUCAGGAUGACGAGUGCCGACUGCUGACAGUGGGAUCUUGGUACGCCAUGACGGGAUACGGAUUCGCUCUGCCGAAGAAAUCCAAAUACCUCCAGAUGUUCAAUCGUCAAAUGAUAGAGUACCGAGAGCAUGGAGACUUAGAACGUUUACAGCGUUUCUGGUUACAAGGCGCAUGCAAACCCGACAAGAGGAAACGGAACGCGGGAAAUCCUCUGGACAUCAACCAAUUUAUGAGCGCGUUCCUCUUACUGGCAUGUGGAGUUUUGCUCACCGUUAUACUUCUGAUCCUCGAACACGUCUAUUUCAAAUACUUCAGAAAACAACUGGCGAAAGCAACCUCGGGGAGCUGCUUCGCCCUCAUAAGUCUGAGUAUGGGCAAGUCUCUCAGUUUCCGGGAUGCUGUGUACAGCGCUCAAGGAAUGCUUCUCCGCCGACAGACGGAGAGCCGCUUUCUGCAGGCCGCAGAGCACGAGCGCAUGCAAGCUGAUGUGUCUCGAUUAGCGCGAGAAUUGGAACAGGCUCGCCAGAGGAUUAGAACACUAGAAGGAGGCCGGAAGACCUGCGGAAGUUUGGAGUCGGAGCUCCCAUAUAGGCCAUCGGCUCCACCCCGCAGUACGCCGCUGUCGAUCUCUGGCAGUCAUCCCAACGUGGCGGAUAACAUGGUCGGCCUGAGGCAAGCGUCGAUUCACAGCAACUCAUCAUGUCUCGACUCGCCAACGAGGAGCUUGGCAAGACUGACAGGGAGUCACGAGGAUCUCUUGCGACAUCGGGACCUCACUCGUCCUCAGGUUCAUUGCAACGAGCCGACGGGGAGCCAAGCCCACUCGCAUUAUCAAAAGGCGAAGGCGCACAUCAUGGAAAAAGAGACCGUAUUAUGA